UGAUUCUUCACUUAAUGAUGGAAAGAAAGAGAAGUCAGUCCAGCAAAAAGCCCCAUCACAAGGUCAAGUUUUUUUAAACUGUAGCAUUGGCAGUGAGGCUGAAAUAGUUGGUAACGACAGUCAACCAGAUUCCCUCCCUUUAACCAGCUCUCCACUGGAUGGUGAGGUUGAUACUGACAGAUUAGGAAAGUUUGACCAGGUAAAUUGGUACAGACAAUCCCACCACUGAAUGGUGUUGCUGACAUUGGCAGAUUAAGGAAAGUUUAACCAAUUAAAGUCAGUGGUUCCCAAACAUUUUCAAUUCUCUGCGCAUUUCCUAUGUACAGUUGCGCUUUGUCAAAUUAUUACAAGUACAAGUAACCCUGAGAAAUAUCAAUUUUUAAAAAAAAAAUUAAAAAGUUAGGUAAAAAUAAAUAAAACGUAUUAAAGAUCACAACAUAAAAGUCUGGGCUACUUAGCUCUGAAAGAGGGGGGCAAAAUAGCUGGUAGAGGAAUAGGGCAUCAAUUUUAAUUUUUAAAAGUUCAAACUAUAUAUAUUUUAUAAAUUUUAUGUUUUAUAAAUUUGUGAGCACGGAGCAGUAAGAAAUUUUACCAGCACCCUGCUCUGAGCUCUGCUCUAAAUCCCUGGAGUUUAGACUAACUUGCCACUUAAUGGAACUUUGUAUUGUCAUGUAGAGUAAAUAAUUCAAAUUAGUCCGUAAUAUACAUUUAAAAUGCAUGAGUUGGUAUAGUAUAAGGAUGACAAUUUUAUGACUGAGAAGUGUGAUUUGAUAUCUACAGUUUUUGUAGUGAGGUCAGUGAACUACGAUGUUCAAUAAAGUGUAAACUACACAAGGCAGUCAAUUAGGUAUAAUAAGUUGUGUCAAUAAAUGCUUGAAGGAUGGUAAAUUAAUGUAUUUCAAUGUAUUUAUUAUAAUUUCUCGAAACUAACUUUUUUUCCUCUGAAAAGUCUGAAAUAGAAGCAAAAGAUGAUGUGAAUGAUGAAAUAUCCAAUGUCACAGAUGAUGAUGAUGACUGUAGUAGGAUUAAAAAACGAAGUAAAAGACAACAAAUUUCCAGUGACAGUGAGGUUUCAAUGGAAGGUCAGAAGACACCUUUAAAAAAAUAUUUGUGAUGAGUGGUUUUAAAAAUAUAAUUUAUUAUCACUAUCAGUGAUCAAUGAUUUUAAAAAAAUAUUUAUUGUGAACAUUAAUUUUUUUAAAAAUAUUUAUUAUUGUCAAUGAUUUUAACAAAAAUUUUCAGUGAUCAAUUAUUUAAAAAAAUAUUUAUUGUUAUCAUUAUUACUGUGGUCUUAUAUAGCUCGGUACCCCAGCCUAGGUUUGUACAAAAAAAUAUUAGCAAACAUAAUCAUGACAUUAAAAAAUAACAUACAUUUAUUUAAUUGAAAAACAGCUGUAUAAAAACAAAAACAAAAAUGUAUAUUCACACCACCCACCUGAGAACUUUUACAUGUCAGGUCAUGGACGGCACCCAGCAGCAUCGUUAAUCAGUCAAAGGGGGGAAUCGGUCGUGACAAUAGAGUUUAAAGCAGAUCUGUUUACCCUCAAACUCUUAAAAUCGUACAAUAUCAUCAAAAAAUCAUUCAAAACAUUAUCUUAAUAGUAAAAAAAUAAUAAUAAAUUAUAUAUAAUGUAUACACCUCAAAAUCGUACAUUGUACGCCAAAAUCGUAAGAGUAAACAGGUCUGGUUUAAAGAGAUGUGUUUUAAGUGAAGUUUUGAAGGCCUGGAUUGUCGGUAUAUUGGGGAAGUGUAAUGGGAGAGAAUUCCAAUAUCAGUAAUCAAUGAUUAAAUUAUCCUGUUUUUUAAUUAUACAACAGUAUAAAUUUGUCCAAAUAAAUUAUGCAUCAAAUUUAAGUUUUUACAUUUUAUUUGAAUGAUCCAGGACAGAAUGAACCCAAUGGUACCUCUUCCAGUGUUAUUUCUUCACAAAGUGAAACAUUGACAAC